AUGAACAUUAAGCCAUACUCAUAUUCCGAAACUGACUCUGGAGUCAGAGUUCAUAUCUUCAAACCGACUAUGGAAGAGUUCAAAGACUUCUAUUCAUUUGUUACGGCUAUCGACCAUUACGGGAAAGAGACUGGAAUCGUAAAGGUGAUCCCACCAAAGGAAUGGGCUCAGAACCUACCCGAUCUCAAAGAGAAGGUCCAAACUCUGACAGUAAAGAACCCAAUAGAACAGAUGUUUACCGGUCGAGCAGGAGUAUAUAAGCAAACGAACGUUGAAUUGAAAAGAGGCUACUCUUUAAAAGAAUGGCAAAAGAUCUGUUUACGUGAAGAACACCGUCCUCCCCCAGAACGACAAGCGAAGGCACGAGAAUUCGCAAACAAAAAACGAAAGCUUCCGGCAGAUUUUGAACAGACGAAUAAUAAUGAUGAGAAGGCUGACGAUUUUGAUUAUCGCUGGCCCAAUCAAUAUCUAUAUACGGAUGAGUACUGCCGAGAACUCGAAGGACAAUACUGGAAAUCUAUUUUAUAUAAUACCCCUAUGUAUGGGGCUGACAUGAUGGGUUCUUUAUUCGAUAACAGAACGACAGCUUGGAAUGUGGAUCGUCUAGAAAAUUUGCUCAACAGGCUUAAUGUCAGCAUUCCUGGGGUUAACCGGGCCUACCUUUAUUUUGGCAUGUGGAAAGCGACCUUUGCAUGGCACGAUUUUGACCUUUACUCUAUUAAUUACAUCCACUUUGGAGCACCGAAGCAAUGGUACGUCAUUCCUCCAAAGUUUGCGGGAGAAUUUGAGUCGUUUAUGCAAGGUCAAUUCGCGGCGGAGCACCGACAAUGCCGCCAAUUCUUGCGGCAUAAGAUGUUUCACGUGUCGCCCAAAGUCCUUGCUGAUAAAGGUAUCCCAUGCGGUCGACUGGUUCAGCGCCAGGGAGAAUUUGUUAUAACCUUUCCGUAUGGGUACCAUGCUGGUUAUAACUUGGACUAUAAUUGCGCUGAAUCAGUCAACUUUGCACUAGAGAGCUGGGUGCCGUUGGGCAAGAGGGCACAAUUUUGCCCCUGCCAGGGAGACAGCGUGAAAAUAGACGUCGGCACCACAUUCAGUGAUCUUUUGGAUGGCGGCGGCGCGAAAGAUGAAAGUAUAAUAGUUUCAGAGAGUGAGAGACAUUUGAUAGGUAGUAAUAAAUAUCCUCGAUACGCAGUUUCUCGUAUAACCAGCUCAUCUCCGAGAGAGCUCUCACCGUCGUUCUCCACAAAGCCGAGAAUUUCCAAUGUAUCGGGAAAACGAGCAGCAUCGAGUAGAAAUUCAGCUGAUGUGCCAGUCAAGAAGCCAAAGAAAAUAAAACUUGUCCAGAAACAAGAACAGUGCGAGCUAUGUCCUGUUCCCGAGGGUCCACUUUGUCGUACGGAAGAGGGGCUAUUUGCUCAUGGUUUAUGUGCGUCGUUUGUGCCGGAAACUUAUAUUGCCACACUUGACGAUGAAGAAGGAACAGAAUAUGUCGUUGGAUUACAAGCUAUACCACAAGAACGAUGGGAGCUGACGUGCGAGGUCUGUAACAGCAAGAACGGAGCCUGUAUACAAUGUGCCGACAUGAAGUGCACUCGCGCAUUCCACGCAGCGUGUGCGCAAAAGGGCAAAUAUCAUCUUCAACAACGCAUUACUCAGAAUGGUGAAUUCAUAUAUGAAGCAUUCUGUAAAAUUCAUGACCCGCGAGUACAGGCUGAGAUUGCUAGAAAGAAUGCGGAAUUAGCACCGUUUGUAGUACUUGGAGCCGAAGUGUGGGCAAAAACCAUGGGGGCGUGGUAUAAAGGGGUGAUCGAAGCGAGGGACGACUCUAGGGCGGCUUGUCGAGUCCUUUUCAACGAUGGUUAUACAAAGACAGUCUAUUGGCGAAGUCUUCGAUUCUCAGAUCCAGAGGCCACUGCUCUAUGA